AUGAGGACCGCCCUGAAGUGGCUGCUGGGGCUGCUGGGCGCCGCCGCCGUCGCCAUCGCCGUGCCCGUGGCCCUGCUGAGCGGCAAGAGUACCCCUGAUUCACGAAAAACAUACACUCUACAGAACUACUUGAAUAAUGACUAUGUGUACAAAACAUAUAAUUUGCAAUGGAUUUCAGGAAAUCAGUACCUUCACAAAACAGCUAAUGGUGACAUCCUACGCUUUGAUGCUGACAGUGGAACGUCCUCUGAAGUGUUGUCAAAUACAACAGUAGACAAAUACAAAGCAACCACAGUUCUGUUAUCUCCUGACCAAAAAUUCGCACUCCUGCAGUACAGCUAUAAAAAGUUGUGGAGGCAUUCAUAUACAGCUUCAUAUCACAUCUAUGAUUUCAAUACAAGUUCCGUCUUAGAUGGCAAUCCGCUACCUAAUGAUACACAGUAUAUAUCCUGGUCACCUGUUGGUCACAAACUGGCAUAUGUUUGGAAUAACAAUGUCUAUAUAAAAGCUUCACCAACAGCAGAGGCUGUGCAAAUCACUAAAAAUGGCGAAGAAAAUAAAAUUUUCAAUGGGAUACCAGAUUGGGUUUAUGAAGAGGAAAUGUUUGGCACUCAUUCUGCUCUGUGGUGGUCUCCAAGUGGCAAUUUUCUGGCAUAUGCAUCAUUUAAUGAUACUGAAGUUCCUCUCAUUGAGUAUUCCUUUUAUUCUGAAGAUACCUUACAGUAUCCAAAGACCAUUAGACUUCCAUAUCCCAAGGCAGGAGCUACAAAUCCAACUGUGCAAUUCUUUAUUGUGGAUAUCCAGUCACUUCCCGCUUUUAAUUCUAUUGAAAUGUCUCCACCAGCAGAAAUAAAAUCAGGGGAUCACUAUUUGAGUGUUGUAACAUGGGUGACAGAUGAAAGGAUCUGUCUGCAGUGGCUCAGAAGAAUUCAGAAUUUUUCAGUCCUAGCAGUCUGUGACUUUGCAAGAGCCACUGGAAAUUGGACAUGUCCAAAGGAAAAACAACGUACAGAAGAAAGUAGAACUGGCUGGAUUGGCACUUUUCAGCCAUCUGUCCCUUACUUUGCACCUGACAAUACUACCUACUACAAAGUCUUCAGCAAUGCACUGGGUUACAAGCACAUCCAUUACAUAAAUGGCUCACAGGCUCCAAUAGCUAUUACUGAAGGAAAAUGGGAAGUAAUCAGCAUAGCAGCUGUAACCAGUAAUUUUUUAUAUUACAUCAGCAAUGAAAAUGGUGGAAUGCCAGGAGGAAGAAACCUUUAUAAAGUGCUCUUGGAAAGCAGUCCAAGUUCUACUAAAUGUGUUAGCUGUGAUCUGAAUAAAGAAAGAUGCCAGUAUUAUUCUGUGUCCUUCAGCAAAGAUGCACAGUAUUACCAGCUAGAUUGUUAUGGUCCUGGGCUGCCCAUGUCUACUCUGCACAGAAGCAGCAAUGAUAAUGUCAUCAGAUACUUAGAAAAUAACACUGAACUGGACAAUUCAUUGAAAGAUAUUCAAAUGCCUUCAAAAAAUUUUGGCUCCAUUAGUGUAGGUGGAUAUGACCUGUGGUAUCAAAUGAUUUUGCCUCCCCAUUUCGAUUCAUCAAAGAGGUACCCUCUGCUCCUUGAUGUGUAUGCAGGACCCUGUAGUCAGAAAGUAGAUUAUGCCUUCCGGAUCAACUGGGCUACCUACCUUGCAAGCACAGAACAGAUCAUUGUGGCCAGCUUCGAUGGCAGAGGAAGUGGCUACCAAGGGGAUGAAAUUAUGCAUGCAAUAAACCGAAGACUAGGAACAUAUGAAGUGGAAGAUCAGAUAUCAGCAGCCAGAAAAUUUUCUGAAAUGAGCUUUGUUGAUAAGGACAGAAUAGCUAUUUGGGGUUGGUCUUAUGGGGGAUAUGUGACCUCCAUGGUGCUUGGCUCUGGAAGCGGGGUGUUCAAGUGUGGAAUAGCGGUUGCCCCCGUGUCACGUUGGCAAUAUUAUGAUUCAAUAUACACAGAGCGAUACAUGGGCCUUCCUAUAGAAAGUGAUAAUCUGAAAAACUAUAAUAGUUCAACAGUAAUGGCCAGAGCUGAAAAAUUCAAGCAAGUUAAAUAUCUCCUUAUUCAUGGAACAGCAGAUGAUAAUGUUCACUUUCAGCAAGCAGCGCAGAUUUCCAAAGCUCUUGUUGAUGCUGAAGUGGAUUUUCAGGCAAUGUGGUAUACCGACAAAGACCAUGCCAUUACCGGUCAAGCACAUAAGCAUAUUUAUACCCAUAUGAGCCAUUUCAUAAAACAGUGUCUCUCAUUGCCCUAGCACAGGAACAGCACCAGCAUUUUGGCGGUUAGUGAUGGCAUUUCUCCAGAAAAACUCUUCAGCUCAACGUAUGCUGAGCCAGUAUAACAUUGUGAAUGAAGAUGCGGGUAGGGGUUAACUCCUGGAUACCUGUGUACACAAUGAAAUGCUAAUCUUUAUGAUGAUUUCUGUUGCCAGGUGACUAUUGCAUUUUUAUUGAUUGUAUUUAAUCAGGUCACUAUUGUCAUCAAGCUGUAUGUAUGUUAUCAAACUUGAAAAGCACAGUACUUGCUUUGCAUUAGUACCUUUUGAUAUUUCAGUCUAAAAGGGAAACAGUCCAGUUUAUAUUUUGGUGUAAUGAAUACAGAAAAUAAUCUCACAGAGCAACUGAACUGCCAUGGAGACCAGUUUAGGGAUACUAAUAAUAAUUAGUAAUAUUAUCCAUGGAGAGAGAUUUCUUUCUGCUGGAAUUUUAGAAAACCCUGUGAUUAUUUCCGUGAAAAUAUUGAUGAACCUUUAAAUAGAUUUUUGCAGAAAUUACCUAAUUUUUGAUCAAUGACUUUCAGGUAUAGUCUUAUGAAUCCCACAAAGUUAAUAUUUUCUAUACAGAAUGAAACACCUCUCUCUUUCUUACUCAGUGCCUUAAUUUAGUAUUUUCUCUGCAGUCUCUUAGAUGACAGCUGUUUAAGUAAGUAAGUAAGUCAAGUCCUGCAAAGAAAGCAUGUAACUAGUGUUCUGCAAAGAUUUUCAAUGAUACCUAUUCAAACCCAUUGCACUGCAUGUUGCUUCCUACCAUAGUACUGUCACGUGUGCUUACUUUGUGGUUAAAAAGGUUGGUAGUAUGGGAACAUGCACUGAUGAACUCUUAUCUGGGGACUCUAGGAAACCAUUAUUGUCCCUCUGUAGGUCAGAAAUUCUGUUUCCUAUUUUCCAACGAGCAAGAUAUAUUAUUUGCACUCAAAUGCAAAACAUUAAAAUGCAACCUAGCAGUUAAAGCAAGGACUGGACUAUAAAUCUCAUAUGAAUGUGCUAUUUAGCAAACCUGCUUUUUCCUUGCAGCUUACCAGUAAGCAUCUGCUUUAGUCUCAGCACUCCAGGUAGGCUUUUCCUCUGAAGAUAAAGACUUAUGUUUUCUUAAAUUUCAAAUACAUAGAAAAGAUGCAAACCAAUUUGUGCUACAAACUGUGCUGCUUUAAAAUAAUAAUAAAAUAAUUAAGUUAUGAAAGGAUGUGUAUUCUGUAUAAUUGAAUAACC